AGUGGUGUUGCGUUUUUCCGGUUCACCAGGCUGAAUGAACCACAAUGGCUACUUCUUCAGUAUCAAAGGGAUGUUUUGUCUUCAAGCCAGGUUCUAAGAAGAGGAAGCGUAAUACAGACGCAGAAGACUACUUUGUUGAUGUAAAUGGUGACUACGCGUAUGGCAAAGAACGCUUUAUUAUUUGUCAGAGACUUUGGGAGAAGAUUAAAACAGACACAGAGAUAUUACAGGAUAACCUGAAUAAGAAAAUAUUGGAUAGCCUUUUAGAAUUCAUCAAAAAACGUAGCUUAAACUUCCAGUCCAGAUCCAGUGACUGGGCGUCGCAUAUGAGAGCCAAUGAAAUACCAACAGCUGCCCUGGUGCUUGGUGUGAACGUACCAGAUCAUGACAUGACAUUUCAGAGCCUAUCUGACCUCUUACAGGAGUCAGUAACCCCUUUCGCCGUUUCUGUACAGGCCAAAGAAUGUGCAGCUCUCAAGAAUCUGAUGCAGAGAGUAUUAGAAAGAUUGAUGGGUGCUAGUGUGUCAAUGGAAGAUGAUGAAGAAGACCCUAGUAUGUCUUUACCACAAAAGCGGGUGUCCUGCUCAAUGAGUGCGCUUUGUCAGUGGUAUAAGACGGUUACAAAGAAACAGACUGUGACGUCACCAGGGAGGAAAUGCAGUUCAGUCAAUGAUUUCUCAGAGUCUCCACCAAUUUUGGUGAUUUUCAAAGAUUUUGAAGCUUUUAAUCCACGUGUUCUUCAGGACUUUAUACUUAUCUGCAGUCGGUACAUCCAGGAGCUUCCGCUGAUCUUCGUCUUUGGCAUUGCCACGUCUCCGAGCACCAUUCAGCGCAUGUUGCCACACUCUGUGUCAUCUCUGCUGUGCAUUGAGCUCUUUCAGUCACUGUCCUGUACCCAGCACCUUGCAACUGUUAUUGACCAGCUGCUUUUGACCUCAGAGUUUCCAUUCAAGCUCAGUGGGAAGGUUCUGCAGGUGCUGGUGAGCAUCUUCCUGUACCAUGACUUCUCAGUCCGCAACUUUGUUAAAGGCCUGCAGUUUGUCCUGUUGGAGCACUUCCAUUCACAGCCUCUCAGUGUGCUCUGCUGUGAGAAAAAGAAAUUUCUGGUCUAUGCACAGAAGUUGAGCCACCAAGACGUGGAAAUGGUCCGCCAGCUGCCCUCUUUCAUGAGAUAUGUAGAGGCACAAGACGCACAGGAACAAGUCCAGCUUCUCACCAGUGAUGAACAUGUUAAAGUGGUGUGUCAGAAGUUACUGAAGGAUCUUAGAAAAUACCAUAAGAAUUACUAUCCCAUCCUCUGCUGUCUGCACACACUGACAUCGUUUUUACCCAAGUAUCCUCUGGGGAAACAAAUCCGAGAGCUGCAUAUAUCCUGCCUUGAGAAGAAUGUAUGGGAGACAAAUGAAUACGAGUCUGCUAUGCAGCUUCUGAGGUUGCUUGCAAAAGACGAGCUUGUAACAACACUCAGAAAGUGUGUGGACAUUCUUAAAUCUGGGAAGACGAAGAAAAUGAGCGCUGCAUUGCAACAGCUGGAGGAUUACCUCAUCAAGUUUGAGCGGUUGGACAAUAUGUCUGAAGAGAAUCUUGAUGACGUGGAAGUUAAUUCAGCAGGAAAGGAUCUCCAAAAGAAAACUGAUCUCUUCCAGCUUCAGAAAACUCUCUUAGAGAUGAAAGGCACUAGAAGAUCAAAGAAAAUGAGUCCAUUUGAGGUGCUGAGAAACGAGGCACUAGAUGUUAUUGAUGGCCUUGUGAAGAGCCACCUGAUGCCACCAGAGUCGCAGCCACUAUAUGAAGUAUGCUACUACAGCUCCUCAGGCGUUCUGCGGCGCCACCUCAAUGCAACUCCACGCACCUCCAUCCAGACUGCACUUAACCACCCUUUCUACUACCUGCAGAAUACAAGCUUGAAAACCGAUGCAGGCACAGUUUCCAAUGCUGCUCCUGAUAUCUGCAUUGCCUACAAACUCCAUCUGGAGUGUGGGAGGCUCAUCAACUUGUAUGACUGGUUGGAGGCAUAUGCAACAGUGGCCUCAGCUGCAGAGGGUAAGGAUCCUGACUCUGAAGAAUAUGGCAAAGUUGAUGAACUCAAGCAUGCUCGUUUCAUCCAAGCGGUGUCUGAGCUGGAGUUCCUGGGAUUUGUGAAAUCAACAAAGCAAAAAACUGACCAUGUGGCACGACUGACCUGGGGAGGUUGUUAACGGUGAUCCAUUUUGGCGAUAAAUAUGUAUUUGAAUAAAAAUAUUUUUGAUA